AUGGAUGGAGGAAUAAAAAGGGAUUUUUUUUUUGGCUUGACGAAAUGCUCAGAUGAUGAGCGCCCUAUAAUGCUGGAAUUGUCGGCGGCAAUGUGCCGAGUGAUGAUGCGUCGUUUUGCUUUGCUUUCUUUAUUUGUCUUUGCACCUCGUUCUGCUUUCUUCUCUCACUCUAUGGUUGCAGCUGUUGCCAGAAGGAAAUUUACAAUGUGUUUGUUUGGCAUCGUUGAUGCGGUUGAGGACUUUUUUAAGAGUGUUGUGGCGUGUGCCUGCUGCCUCAUCAUCGGUGGCCCUGCGCUCAUCAUCGCGGGCAGCAUACUUCUCACUCAAAAGCCUACUUCUGAGGAUGUUCCUGUUAACGAUACUAUUAAGAACGCGAAUCUGACACCCAUGCAAUUGAGGACUGGGACCAUCAACGGUGUGCCGAUUACUGUGAGACGCGAGUCGCUAAACGUCCAGGGUGUGGACGGGGCCACUUCUGUCUUUGCGGAGGCUGUUGUUCCUGUUUCUCAGAAUUCUUCAUCAGAGUUUCCAGUUUCCGUGAAUGUUAGCGCCGUGACCCCUUUUAAUCGCAUGGCCCCCUUCCGCAGCAUAGAAAAAACGUCAUACACCUGUUCUUCACGUGACUGUAAAAGCAGAUUGAAUUGCCAGUGUAACGAAUUGCUGAAUUCUUUUAUGAACCAGUGCGUCGCAUCUGGUGGAAAAUUUGUUCGCACACCUGGAAUGUGCGAGUUGGACCGCACUUGUGGUACCUGUGAACGAACGGUCUACCUCAGGCAAUUGUACCUUGUUGUUCGUGAGGUCAGCAACGGAAAAUACGCCGAGGACACCAAUCUCCGAAGUGCCAUGUACGCCUUUGGCGAUCUUGAUAACGAUUACCAGCCUGGAGUACCGAGCACCGUUACGGUGCGCCUGUACAGCAGCAAGGAUCCUUACAAUGAUCAGAAGGUGGGAAUAGAUGAUGAUACACCUUUUGCAACUAUGCGCACCGUGGGUAUUGUGCUGAUUGUUCUUGGGUGCCUGUUCUUGCUGCUGGAAAUUGGUGUCUGCACAGCACUAAUUUGCUACUGGAUGCGAAGAAAUCGGACGUCGAGUAGUGACUCGCCUCAAAUGCCGGUUGACGCAUCGGUAACACCAGCGUCGGGAGCAUCCGGUAACGCCGCACCGAAUUUUUAUGCACAGCCGGAGCAGCAAACGGGACAGGGAUACACAUAUGGUCAAGCGGUACCACCAGGGUAUACAUAUGGCCAGCCACCACAGGGACAGCCGAUACCGCCAGGGUACACGUAUGGCCAGCCACCACAGGGAUACGCAUAUGGUCAACCGGUAUCACCACAGGGUCAGCACGGCUAUGCGUAUGGACAAGCACCGCCGCCAUUGUAG